AUGACCCGUGUGGAAUCAAAAACAAAAAAAGAGGGUGAAUUUGCGACAAGGAACAGUGGCACUGCAAAUGCUAUGGCUACUGGAAUAGAUGAUUUUUCGCAAUUUGUCAAUCAACAAGGAAAGAGCGCGAAUCGGGAGAGGUACAAGACCGCGAAGAAUGAGGCAAAGUUAGCGGUAACAACGGCUAAGACAGUAGCGCUCAAAUGCUUGUAUAAAGAACUCAGGGACAAAGACAAGGAUAAGAAGUUGUACAGUCUAGCUAGGGCGAGAGAGAAGAAGGCUCGUGACUUGGACCAAGUGAAGUGCAUCGAAGACGAGGAAGGUAAAAUGCUAUUGGAGGAGGCACAUAUUAGAAGAAGAUGGCGGGCAUACUUCCAUAAACCCUUGAAUGAAGAGGGAGAUAUGACUAUUGUGCUAGGUGAUUUGGAGCACUCCGAGAGUCGUCGUGACUUUGGGUAUUGUAGGCUUAUUAAGGUCAAGGAGGUGGGGGAGGCUAUGCGCAAGAUGGGUAGGGGAAAAGCGACUAGGCCAGGCGAGAUUCCGGUGGAAUUUUAA